CCAGCUCUGUCGACACCUUUCCUUUCUUCUCUUUCAGGAUUCUUGCAAAUUAGAAUCGUAGAUCAAAGCUUUAUCACGGAACCCUCAUAACAAAGCGGCAAAAUGACCAUCUCCAGCCAGCGAAGUGAAUCAAAGCCGUUGGCCACGCAACCGCCUCCAUCAUCUAAACCCUGUGCAAGCCAUCGCAUGGACGACUAUCUAUUCGAUGAUAUCAAUUGCCCCGAAGAUGAGGAACUAGAGAUGUGUGAAAAGAGACGUCGUGGCCUCAGUGUGCCGUCGAACAGGGGCAGCGAGCUUGAGUUAUACCGCAGCCGUUGGAAAGCUAGUGCUAAAUCCAACUCCUUCUACACUAGUCAUUAG